CACACGCUUUGCGGUAGUACAAGUUCGGUUCUCGUCCGUCCGUGUGUAUUGUGGCUCAGUAGGCGGUGAUCGUGAGGAAGAUCGUUUGGAUCGCCGCGGCGGCGCUUGUUGAUUUUGAAUGGUUGAUUUGCUUCCAGGGGUGAUUCAUGAGACAGUUUGAACUUUUAUUAAUUCGAAUACGAACCGAAAUAGUUCAAUUCAAACAAAUUAGAAAAAGUGGUAGCAAUGACUUGUUAGAUUGAUUUUUUCGAAUGACGUUCCGUCCAUAAUUGGCACUAAUUGGUUUGAUUGGUAAAGUUGCGCUAAACGACGGAGUCGAGUUCGUUCGCGCGUUACUGACGAAAACAUUUUUACCGACGGUAAAAUAAAACUAUUCCGACUCGAUGCGUGUCGCGCGUGUUCGGGUUCAAAAGUCAAAGUUCGACUGACGGCAUGCAAGGUUGUACCAGUUUUAGUGUGUGUGAUUUUGUUCUCAAAAUUGCAAGGUCGUAUUGCAUUUAACACUGUACAAAUUGUGUUCACGGCAAUGAGUGAGGGAAAGAUUCAAACAAAUACCUAAAUUGUGUGAAUUGGUAAUGAAUGUCUUUACGUGAGGAAUGAAAAAGGGCUUGUGACCUUAACGUAGGAAAGCAUUUAAAAAGCAAAUCGAAGGAAGCAGUAAGAAGAGGAUUUCUUUUCCUAGAAAUGAAUGGAUAUAUUACCUGACUGUACGGUCCGUACGGUUGUUGCCUUGAAAUAUUUACGACAGAGCUCCGUAGGAGCAUUGUAAGGACGAAGGAAAACCGAAGGAAAGUAAAAAAAAAAUAAUGGAGAUGAAUAAGUGAAAACACAUAACAAAGUUGUAGUGUCUUGAAUGUUUUGAAUUUUGAGUGUAAGGCGCAAAUCAAGUGUGCGAUGCCGGAGAAGGAAACAUUUCACGAGCACAUGCAGGUGCACCCGUUCCAUCAUCCGGGUCAUCCGUUGGCCGCGGCGGCUCAUCACCAUCCGGGGUUGGCCGCUGCGGCGGCUUCGCACGGCCUAGCAGCGGCUGCCGCUGCUGCAAAUGGGGCCAACGCCGGCGUGACCGGCGGCUACGGCCCGCUACAGAUCCCGUCGGCUUUUGUUGCAUUUCACUCGCAGCUUCCACCGAUGGAUCAGCGGGCCCACGAUGGGCGCUAUGGACUUUGGGAUCCCACUGGACCUCCUCCAUACCAUCAUGCGACGUCUCACGGACUGGCCAACAAUGCAAACUUUGCGGAGUUGCAAUUUCUGAGCGCCCGCCGAGCAGCCGUAGCCGCGGCAGUGGCCAACGCAGAAGCAGCCGCCGCCGCUGCCGCCGGCAGUACAGUAUUGCCAAUCGUUCCACCGCCCCCGCCGUCCCAUUCCUCGCUGUCGCCCCCGGCCACGUCCUCGGAACAGGAGCGAUCGAGCAGCAGCGGCGGAACCAUGACAACGGCGGCCGGUGCAGUUGGCGGGGGAGGAGCCAGCCCAGGGCUGCCCACCGCCAACGGAGGCGGCUGCAGCAGUCCACCGAGUGGCGUUCCGUCUGCUGGACAGACGACGCUGCCAUCGGUGCCGGUGCCUCAUCCGAGUGACUUCCACCCGGCCUACAGGAUACCCGGCUACAUGGAACAUCUCUACUCGCUGCAGCAUGCGUCCGCCUCACUGCAUGGUCUCGGUCUCACCUCCGAGUACAUCAACGCACGGAACGCCAUAGCCGAUCUGCACCCGGCCAAUUCCCUCGCCAGUGCUGAUUUCCACUUCAGCAUCGAUGCCGCGAGCAGGCUCAACUCACCGCGGCCCGGCAGCAUACGGGCCAGCGUCAGUCGGAAGCGGGCCCUCUCCACGUCGCCAUACUCGGAUUCGUUCGACAUCAGCUCGAUGAUCCGCUACUCACCGAACUCGUUGGCGUCGCUGGUGAAUGCCUCGCGCAGUAGCAGUGCCAGUGGCUCGUACGGUCACCUGUCGGCGAGUGCCCUCGCACCGGCACUCGGCGUCCACGGUGGAAUGCCUCCGCACCUGCAGCACCUGUUGCGAAGUAGUGGAUUCCUGCACUCCUUACCCACGCAUCAUCCCCCAACGGCAAGCAUGUUUUCGCUGCCUCCCCAUCACCCGCUGCACCCUGGGCACUCGUUAACGAAGCCACAGGUAAGACCUGGCCAUGAAUUAUUCUUUGGACGGGAACAGUUCCUAACUUCAACCGAACUUCAGCACAUCGCCGAUCUCUCGAGCAAGAAGCAGGAGCAGCCCAGUUCGACAAAUCAAGUGACACGCGUCGAGGCGGACAGUGCCAGCAAUGCCCAGCAGAAGAAGUCCCGCAUUAAGCGAGAACCCUCUUCCAGUAAUGUCCCCCUGCAUAAGGGAAGCCCUCCGCAUGGAUCACCCAUGAUUACCUCUAACCACCAACUGAGCCCUACGUCAACUCAGGGCAUGACAAACGGCGUAAACAGUGUUUCCGCGGGAGCAACCUCAACAACACACCACCAUCAUAACAAUCAUCACCACCACCACCACCACAUGAACGGCGCCGCGGGAGGUGGCCACUCUGGAUUGAACCUGAGCCCGAUGCACAACAUGAUGGACGGAGGCUGUGGACUCGGCGGAUCCAAGGUGGACUCGACGGAUCCCAAGGACGAGCCGGGAGAUUUCAUCGAAACCAACUGCCACUGGCGAGACUGUUCGUUAGAGUUCAACACCCAGGACGAACUGGUGAAGCACAUCAACAACGAUCAUAUCCACGCCAACAAAAAGUCGUUCGUUUGUCGGUGGGAGGAUUGCUCCCGAGACGAGAAACCGUUCAAAGCGCAGUACAUGCUGGUGGUUCACAUGAGAAGGCACACCGGGGAGAAGCCGCACAAGUGCACGUUCGAAGGAUGUUGUAAGGCCUACUCUCGUUUGGAGAAUCUCAAGACACAUCUGAGGUCCCACACUGGCGAGAAACCGUACACAUGUGAAUAUCCGGGCUGCAGCAAAGCGUUUAGCAAUGCUUCAGAUCGUGCCAAGCACCAGAAUCGUACGCACAGCAAUGAGAAACCUUACAUCUGUAAAGCUCCUGGUUGUACGAAGCGCUACACCGAUCCCAGCUCGCUCCGGAAACACGUCAAAACAGUGCACGGGGCGGAGUUCUACGCCAAUAAGAAGCACAAAGGAAACGGGCACCAUCACGGAAACGGUGGCAGUGGCCACGGCGGAGAUGGUGGCGACGAUGGUGAGGGAUCUAACCACAUGUUCGACGGAAGCCCACGAAGUGAGGAUAUGCAGAGCGGCAAGACGACCAGCAUGAGUAGUCCCAGCAUCAAGUCGGAAUCGGACGUUCACUCGCCGGGACAGCCGCCGAUUCACAGUCCGAUGUCCAUUUCGGCGCUGACGGCUGGGCUUGCCGACGACUACGAUGGCAGCAGUAUGCAGCUGGGUGGUCUCGCAACGAUCGACGAUCACGUUUGGCCAUACGUGGAUGAAGAUUUUGAGGUCGCUGAUUUGCCACACGUCCUUCGAGAAAUGGUGGAUAUGGGAGGACCGACAGCAGCAGCUGCUACGGCUGGAACCCGUAGUAGUCCGAGAAAUCGCUUCAAGAAUCGUAUCAACAACAAGGGAUCUCUAAUGAGCAACCCACUGUCGAACAUUCCAGAGAUGAACGCUCACAAUCGGCACUUUGGUCUGGGCGAGCUGAACCGCAGGAUCACCGAUCUCAAAAUGGAACCAGGAACGACUCCGCCACCGCAACCGUCGCCGAUUUCCAACAAACACUGCCUAACGGAUCUUGGAAACCUAAGACCACCAACCACGGGGCCAUCCUGUACCAACACGAUGAUGACGAAUGCAUACCUCAACCCGGGACAACUGCGAAGGGACAGCAACAACAGCACGACCAGCAGCUCAUAUUACAGUAUGCGGUCGGCGGACAUCAGCAGACGAAGCAGUCAGGCUUCGCAACAAAGUUCGAUCUCCACUAUGCGCCCCAGCAGUUACUACAAUUCGUCCUUCUACGAUCCGAUAUCACCAGGAAGCUCAAGAAGGUCCAGUUCCAUGUCUACAGCAACCACUGGUGGCCAAAGUUUACCUCCACCUCCGUCCUCGCAUUUGAUCUCAACACAUCUGCAGCGGUUCAAUACCCAAAGUUCCAUGAGUAACAGCCAUGGUCACUCGGCAGCAGGUAGCUCUCGGCAUUCGAUACCUAACAACAUGAGCGGAGGAAGCUAUUACCAUCAACAGCCGAUGCUGGGCCACAUGGAUCGACGAAUGUCCGAACCUGUCGCUGGCAACCCGCAAGGAGGCAACUACAGCUCCAGACCAGGAUUUGUUGGCCGACCGAACUCUACAGUACCUAAAAGCAGUACCGUCACCUCCGGAGCUGCCGCAGCAGCCAACACCUCUACAUCCAAGAUCUCUUUACCAACUGCCAACAAACUCCAUCCCAAUCAGGAAGUUGUUCUCGAUGAAGUUGAAGAAGAUGAAAUGGUUGAAAACAAGUUGGUUAUUCCGGACGAGAUGCUACAAUACUUGAACCAGGUCGCCGACCAAGAGAGUAAAGUCACCGUUCAACAAGGCAUGUCCACUCCUAAUUCCGCUAUCCCUCCAACCGAAGGUGCGUGGAAUGCGAAUGAAAACUCGCCUCCAGCUUACUCCGGAGGUGCAGGACCUCGUGCGCAACCUCCAGCAAGUUUCAAACAACCGCAGUCCAAUCUCAACAAGGUUCUGAUGAGUCCUCAGUCUCAGUAUAGCAACGACGAUUGCAGCAUGAUAAGCAACGUGAUGUCCCCACAGACUCCUCAACACCCGAUGAUGUCCCCGAUGAUGCCAUCCGAGAGUGCUGUAGGCCCUCUCACCCCAUCCAAUUAUGGACCACAACCGCAACCGAACCAACCUCAGCGACCGACUCCUCCAGUUCAGUGUCAGAUUCAGAACAUGAACGGAAACUUCAGCAACAACAACUUCCCGCAGAACCAACCUCCGCAACUCCGGCAAAUUGCCUGCUCAAACCUCAUCGGUUACUUCCACCGAACGGAUCAGAGUGCCCACCACUGCUGCUUGGCUAUGAUGAUGCAAGGCUCUCUUCACAUCAACCAUCCAUCCAGAUCCUCAGCCAACCCCACCCAGCAGCACAAAAAUCCUUUCAGCUUCAACUCUCCCAAUGCCUUCCCGCCCUGCCAACAAGCCCAACCCUCCUCGACUCAGCAACCCUCAAAUCCAGUGGACGUAGAGAUUCAAUGUGGCGACAUCAGCCAAUCCCAACUGUCACCCCCAGUCGUCCCCAAUCCACCAAAUGCUUCCCCAUCCACCCAUCGCCCUUCCCAGCAGCAACCCGCCCCCAAACCAAUGGAAAGCAGCCUCCAAACACCACCCCUCCCAUCCACCCCUACCGGUUUCGGCGAAAAUCCAGCCGCAGCAGCUUCCAGCGCCGCAGCACCCCCUCCACCAACAGCCGCCGGCACGCAGUCCACCAUGGGUUCGGAAACCUACCAGCGUACGCUGGAGUACGUCCAAAACUGCCAGAACUGGGUCGAGUCCGCUGCAGACAUGGUCAGCAGCAGUACCCAUCCCACUACUGGAGCGAAUGCAGCAGCAGGAGCCACAGCUGGAACCGCCUCAGCAGCAGCAGCAGUAGCACCACCACCGCCACCGGCGGCGGCCUCCAAUCUAGUGAUCAACGACAUGAGCACCUCACUCAGUUCAUACUUCGAGGAGGAUCGCUACCUGCAGAUGAUACAGUGAAUGCGGUUCGAAGUUUAUUCGUGUUAGGAAAAAUCUGUUUCGUGCUUCCACAGACUUUUAGUUGUCUGAGACAAACUAUUCUUGUUUUAUUGAAAUUGUGUUUUAGAUUUAAAAUUUUGAUUUUAUUUAGUUUUAAUGUUUAGAUUAGAAAAAAUAACAUUUUCUUCUCAGUGAUCCCAAUCCGUAGUGUAGGCAUUGAAGAGCGUGAAAGAAACAUGACGAUUUCAUCCAGUGUGCGAGUAUGUAGAUCAUUUUUACUCAUAUGUAUAACAAAUUUCGCAUUUCAUAGAUAUGUAAGAUUUUGAACUUUGAGUUUUACGACGGUGAGAACAAAGACGACAGAUUUCUUGUAGAUUGUGUUUAUACAUUUUUUGAUUGUUUAUUCGAGGAUUAAAAGUAGCAGACUUGUACCAGUAGGUAUGUCAUUUACUUAAAAGACGGUGAGUGACUGUAACUAUAUAUUUAAGUAGAUGAAAUGUAAUUGCAGACAGAUAUAAAUAAAUAAAUGGA